AUGCCAUUGAAAAAGACACCUUUUUCAUUUUUAUCUGAUAAAAACUCAAAUAAAAAUGAUGAAAAUAAUCCAUGGGAAAAAACUAUACUAAGUAAAACAAAUUAUGAACACAUUAAAGAAUUAAAAGUACCUGAAUUUGGGGAUUUAAAAAUAUUGAGUGUUUUAUUGAGGGGAUUAUCAAGCACAGUGUGCUUAUGUGAAUGGACCAUUGAUUGUAGUAAAACUUUAUUUUUGCAUAAUUAUGUAAAUUAUAUAAAUAAUAAUAUAUUAAGUGAAAAUAUAAAAAUAAAAAUAGGAGAUACUACUGAUACAGAUAGUAUUGACAAAAUAACUAAUAAGGUAGAUAAAAUUACUGCUACUAGAAUCAAAGACAAAGAAAAAUUAGAAUAUUGUGAUAUAUAUGGAACAGAAAAAUGUAACGAUGAAAAAGAAAUAAAAAAUGGAAAAGAUAAUUUAGAAAAAAUAAAUUUUACAUAUAAUAAUAAUAAAGUAAUCCUUUUAGUUCUUAAAUUGAAACAUAAAGGAUUAUAUCAUAAAGUAAGAGAAAUUGAACAAUUAAGAGAAGAAAUAGCAAUACAUAAGGGAUUAAAUCAUUCUAAUAUUUUGCAAAUGAUAUUAUGCGGAGAAGAUGAAAAUGAUAUAUGGGUAUUUUUUGAAUAUUCUUCCAUUGGUGAUUUGUAUUCUUAUGUUGGUUUUAAAACAUUGGAAGAAAACGAAGUAAAAAUAAUCGUAUCUCAAAUUUUAUUUGCUCUUUAUUAUCUUCACAUUAAUGGUAUAAUACAUUGUGAUAUAAAACUUCAAAAUAUUUUACUUUUUCCCUUAGAACCAAUUUUAUUUGAAAUGAAUGAUUUAUCAGAUAUUGAGAAGUUACAUAAUUUAAAAAGUGUAAAACUAAACACUGAUAAAUUAAUAAAUUCAAUAAAUGAAAACAUACAAUCGAAGAAAAAUAAUAGUACUUUUAAUAAUAUUAUAAAAUUAUGUGAUUUUGGAUUAUCAGUUAGGUGCCAAUUUAAUGAAUUUUAUCCUUAUAGAGGAAUCAAAGGAAGUUAUGGUUUUAUUGCUCCAGAAUUAUUUCAGGAAUGUGAUUUUAAUAAUAAAAUUGACAUGUGGGCAUUAGGCAUAAUUAUUUUUAUUCUUUUAGGAGGAUAUAGACCUUUUUAUCCAUGUUCAAGAUUUGAGGAAAAAUUAACUUUUCAUGAAAGAUACUGGAUAAAUAUUUCGUCAGAUGCCAAAAAUUUUAUCCAGUCAUUACUACAAAUAAAUCCAUCAAAAAGAUUAAAUGUAAUUGAGGCAAUGGAUCACCCAUGGAUAAAAAGUUAUUUCAUCAUUACUUAG